UCGGGCUUGACUCUGGACUUUGACCACGACUGCAAAAAGAGAACCGAUCCCCUCUCCAGUAUCUCAAGCGUGCUGCACUGCUACCAUGGCUGCACCGCCGGUUAUCAUCUCGGACCAUCAAGUUUCUCGUUUGUUACCCUGCGGAGAGCUCAUCCCUCGUCUGGAGGAAGCGUUGGCCAAAUUUUCCCUCAGGGACAGCUCGGAGGUGAUCCAACCUGUGAGGUCGACUCUGCCUCUGCAAAAACAUAACGGAUUCAUGUGUUUGAUGCCAACGUACAUGGAAAACAACGGAGUCUUGUGCACAAAGUUUGUGGGCUUCUACAAUCGGGAGAAAGGUUCCGAGUUGCCCUCGGUUCAAGCCACGGUGGUGCUGCUGGACCCCGAGAAUGGAAGCAUGAAGGCCGUGAUGGAGGGAAAUGGCAUCACGUGCGUGAGGACAGCCGCGGUCUCGGCCAUCUCGGCAAAGCUGCUGAUGCCCCCCCAAGCAGAGGUGCUGGCCAUCUUGGGAACAGGACAACAGGCCCUGAGCCAUUACAAUGUCUUCACUGAGAUGUUUUCAUUUAAAGAGGUGCGCGUGUGGGGCCACAGGAAACAAGGGAUGGACCGGUUUCGGGACUCCGUCAGCGGUCCUGUUACCUGCUGCGACUCCGCGGAGACGGCAGUGACGGGGGCUGACGUCAUAGUGACGGUAACCUCGAGUUUGGAGCCGGUGCUCUUCGGCCAGUGGGUCAAACCGGGAGCCCACGUGGCAGCGGUGGGAGCUUGCAGGCCGGAUUGGCGAGAGCUGGAUGACGUGCUGAUGGAGGCGGCGGUGGUGUAUGUUGACAGCAGGGAGGGAGCCAUGGCCGAGUCUGGUGACAUCAUCCUCUCCAAGGUGGAAAUAUUUGCAGAGCUCGGAGAAGUUAUCAGUGGAGGAAAACCUGCACUUAGAGAGAAGACGACUGUGUUUAAAUCCCUUGGAAUGGGGGUCGAAGAUGCAGUGAGUGCCAAGCUGGUGUUUGACCAGUGGGAAGCAACCAACAACCAACCAUGAAGCAAUUUACAUCUGAAGAAAUGCCUUCAUCGAGCCGUCCAUUUUCUAUAAUGUUUCUUCAUUAUUAGUGUCUGGGUGGGCUGCAGCCAAUCCCAGGUGACUCAGGGUACACCUUGAGUCACCUGAUGAAAUUGUAUCUGUCAUUUUUCUUGUUUAAUAAAGGGUUAACAUUU